CCGGGCGCGGCCUCUCUUCCGCCAGCUGGGGCGAGUUGCAGGCUGAGCCCGGAUACUGCGGGUGCUGCGUGGCCUGCGGGGCGUGGCGGUGCACGAAUCUUGGUCUGCGUGGACGAGCACCUCCGGUCACGCCUGUCACCCGUACCUUCCCAGCACAGCGACUGCAGAUGAGGGAGUCCCCGAGUUGAGCGCCCCAGCGAUGGCUACUCCCUGGAGGCGCGCCCUGUUGAUGAUCCUGGCGUCCCAGGUGGUGACCCUGGUAAAAUGUUUGGAAGACGACGACGUCCCGGAGGAGUGGCUCCUUCUGCACGUGGUCCAGGGCCAAAUAGGAGCCGGGAAUUACAGCUACUUGCGGUUGAACCAUGAGGGUAAAAUUAUUCUCAGGAUGCAGAGCCUGAGAGGGGAUGCGGACCUGUACGUUUCGGACAGCACUCCGCACCCGAGCUUCGACGACUAUGAGCUGCAGUCUGUCACUUGCGGCCAGGAUGUGGUCUCUAUACCCGCACACUUCCAGCGACCAGUCGGGAUAGGAAUUUAUGGACACCCAUCUCACCAUGAGAGCGACUUUGAGAUGAGGGUAUACUAUGACAGAACUGUGGAUCAGUACCCAUUCGGAGAGGCUGCCUAUUUCACUGACCCAACAGGAGCCAGUCAGCAGCAGGCUUACGCUCCAGAGGAGGCAGCCCAAGAAGAGGAAUCAGUUCUCUGGACGAUAUUGAUUAGCAUUUUGAAACUGGUGCUUGAAAUUCUCUUCUGAUCCCUUGAAUAUGCGCUGGAGCACAAACCCUUACUUGCACAGAGCGAUUACAGUUUGCUGCGAACCUAGCUACUUGACCUGGUGAAAUUCUGGUUACUUUUUUCUAGACUAGGAUGGAAAAAUAAAGCCAUACAGUUUUGUUACCUCAGUUUACUCCCCAAGCAGGAAAAGCAGCAAGCACAAUAUUUUAAAGAUUAAAAUUCCUAUAAAAAGGAGUCUGCUCAAUAAAAUGUUUAAAUACAUUUUGGUUAGUUAGGUGAGUAAGAAGAUUACAGUAACAGGCUGUAUAAAUCAGAUUAAACUUUACUGCUGGUGCAGAAGAUUAUGACUGUAGAAUUUAUAGACAUUUAAAUGAAGUACAGCACUUCGAGUUUUAAAGUCUUUAACAUUUUAAAGCCAGGUGGAAAAUGCAGUGACAGGUUCGCUCUUCCCAGAGCCUCUGUACAGUAGGGGUAUGGUACCUGAUACCCAAGCAAGCUCUCCUGGCAGCAAGUAUUUACAAACCGUUGCUGUGCUGGUGAUUUAGAGUCCAAAUCCUGUUGUACCAGAUCUUGGGCCAUUUGCCCUUUCCUCUGCUUAGCCAGAUUGGAGCUUUCUGGUUAUUAGGUAACUAUGAUACUACCUAAUCAGGUCAAGACAGAGUCAUAACAAGUGGUAACUUUGUCAUAUUCAAGAAGAAAUAUUUCAAAUUAAGUUGCUACUACCUCUUUCUGCUGAUCUCUGGAAAAAAAACAACACUAUGAAAUUAAAGCCUGGGGAAAUGAGCCAUUUCUCUGACUUUGUUUCAAGGGUAGAAGUUGCUAAUAAAGAAAUAAAUCAACUUGA